AUGCACCAUCGCAUCAAGAAAGGAGCCAAGCACUCAAUCCGGGCUAAUGUAUCUACAGAAGGAUAUGUCAUCGAAACACUUCCAAAGCUGUUUGCCAAUCUCGAGACAACUGGAAGAGAUCCUUGCAACCUUGAAUAUCCGAAAGACGUAUCACGACUUAUGGUAUGUGUAACUGCCUUCUUUGAUGCUGCUGUUGAUCUAUGUGAAUGCAAAAGUGAUAGUGAAGAGACCUAUUGGUUGGCAAACUGUGGUCGCAUGAUUGGAGUUCCUCUGUCGCGUGCAAGAAGAUUGAACAGGGAAAUGUCUUUGGAUGGUAACAUCAGACACUUCAUGACAGAGUCGGAUGUUGCUGAUAAGCCCUCCUCCUAUUAUUGGCGAGCCGCAAAGUCAAUGAUUGAUGCAACUAAGAAUAUCUGUCGUUUGAGCUGGAAGAAUGGAAUUAUCGUUGGCGAUUGCAUUGACUGUUGGAAAUAUCUUGGGUAUGGAUGCCCAGGUGCCGCUUAUUUGAGAAGCAAAAACAACAUGCUUGAUCAGUCAUUGGAGAACAAGAGAAAGGUCAAGUGCAAUUCGAGAGGAUUAGUGGCGAAAGCUCUAGUCCGUGGCUCACAGUAUGACAUGUACACGGGUGGAAGGUCCACUGUGACUGGAAAAAGACGUAAGGCGCCCGAAAUGCUUAAAUCAAAUGAAGCAUUCCUUCAAUCGCUGACCUACCCACAGCUACGAGACACUGCUCGUUACUUGGGCAUCCUUAAAGAGUGCGUCGUGGAUGACAAGAUUACACGAGAGAAGAUGAUUGCUGUUCUGGUAGAAGACUUCUACAAAGAUCCUGUUUCGUAUCGAAUCAAACAAAAUGGCGUUGCAAGGGUUGAUCCCGCAGAUUUGGACGAUUUGUCUGAGGCCUCGUUCGAUGUAUGUGAUGCAAUGGAAUCGUUUGAAGAGGAUGACGGUGGGUUCUUGGAAAAGUUCAACGUAGAUAGUAUUAUGUAA